AUGCGACCACCAUCCAAUCGCCUUCAAUCAACCUACCUUUCUCCCGAUGGAGAAGAUUAUUACCCAGUUCCCCCAGAAGGGCUGGACGUGGAUCUUCACAACGUCAACUGUGACCGGUAUCAAGUCCCGCUUGAGAACCGCUGUGGUCCAUGGCCACAUGGUUCCGUCAAAUCUCUCUGUCCACACCAACUCUUGAUGACCAAGGAGCAUCACGAUCAAGGGGCCAAGUUACAUGAGGCUUUGGCUCUGGCCCUUGAGGAUAUCAUCGAGCGGUGGUGGACGGAUGAGGAAGCACGGCUUCCGCAGCGGAUGCCUUUGGAGCCUCAGGAAGAGGACCUUUUGCGGUGGAUGAAUCAAAAUCCAUUGUUGAUCCCCCCGUAUCGAGAAUGCCAAGGGUCCUGGCGACCAGACUUUCUCUUGGAAAACGGGGAGGACUCGAAUGCAAUGGAGAGCUUUCGCAUCUGCGAAAUCAACGGCCGAUUCUGCUGGAAUGGCUAUGUGCAGACUGCCUUGGCCCAAGAGGGGGUCGAAGUCUUCAAUCUCGACAAAAAGAGGCUACAACACGGCGCAGAGCCGGAAGCGAUUCUAGGUGGAUUGUUGGGGCUUUUCAACCAUGAUCUCCCACUGCAUCUCCUCAAAGGCGAGGAACGUGGAAUGGAUAUCCACAUGUUUGUGGCCUUCAUGGAGGAGCGUCUGGGUGUCCGGCCCCGGCUGAUCACUCCCACCGAGCUGCGCUUGAUCCCUGAUAGCGAGAGCAAGACCGGCUAUAAAUUGUGCUGUCUUGCUGGUCCGCAGACUCCGGCUGAUCGGAUAUUUACCCUUGAUUCUGGCGAGGCCGUCGAGGAGAUCCACCAGGUUGGUCUGGAGCUGCACCAGCGGGAAUUCCGGGUCCUCUCGCCCGAGAUGAUGAAGGAGCUCAGCGUGCGCGGCUUCAACGACAUGCGGACCAUCCUGCUCACUCAUGAUAAGAGAAUGUUGGGAAUCGUCCUGCAGGAGCUGAGUUCGUUGGUCGCCAGAAAGGUCAUCUCCCCCGAAGACGCAGCGAGACUCGAAAACGGCAUCACGCCCACCAUUCUUCCCGGGUCCGCAGAGCUCGACAACCUCAUCGGCCGCUCCGCCGCAUCACCGCAGCUCAAGGACGGUUAUAUCCUGAAGCCGGUUCGGAGCGGAAAAGGCGCAGGCAUCCUCUUUGGCGACCAGCUAAGCCACGCCGAUUGGCAGGUCAAGCUGGAAGAGCUGACUUGCCCGCAGCUCAAGCCCGGCAGGACUGUCUACGUGGUGCAACGCAAGAUCGAUCAGCUGUACUAUGACAUUAUCAUUGGAAGGAGUGGAAAGCCAACAGCCUGUCAUAUCGUCGGGACUUACCAUGCGGUCAAUGGCGAAUUCCUGGGGCUGGGAGGCUGGCGAUGUAGCCCAGGGAGACUAUGUGCAGUGGCUGAUGGAGCGACCUGGACCUGUUCCGUGCGAUCUGCCGAAUAUUGA